GUGUGGACAGUAAUGUGAUCUGAGCUGCAGAGGUUGGACGCAGCUAUAAGAGAAGCUGCGGGGGGGGGGAGCUGCUCAGAGCCUCAGUGAAGUGGAUUAAAGCUGCGAUGGGUCUGCACAGCGUCGAGGAGCUGGUGACUGGUAAGAGGUCAGAGGGCAAAGAGUCGGCUGACUUCCAGGGGGGCGUGUACGAGGCAGCUGUCAAUCAAGAGAAGCGCGAUGACCUGAGGUCCCACAGCGACAGCGGAGGAGAACAGGAAGUGAGCGUGGCUGCGCUCAAUACGGACCGGAGCGGCCGCCUGAAGCUGGAGACCGUGGACGACCUGUUCAACAUCCUGCAGCUGAGGAAGAGGAGGAGAGAGAGGAAGAGUCCCGCCCACAAGAGGCAGCAGCCGGAGCCUGAGACUGUGCCGGAGACGGUGGAUGAGCAGCUGUUUCUGACGGCAGCGAUGGAGAACAAGCUUCCUGUGGUGGAGAAGUUCCUCAGUGACGGAGGAAACCCCAACGUGUGCGACCACUUCCAGAGAACAGCUCUGCACAAAGCUGCGUUCAGAGGGAACAUGGAGGUGAUGAAGAGCCUCCUGGAGGCCGGAGCUGCCAUCGAGAAGAAAGACAAGCUGGAGGCCACAGCGCUCCACUGGGCCUGCAGAGGAGGAAGUCUGCCGGCCCUUCAGCUCCUCCUCGACCAGGGGGCAAAGGUCACAUCCAGAGACAAGCUGCAGAGCACUCCUCUCCAUGUGGCUGUGAGGACUGGACACAGUGAAUGUGCUGAACAUCUCGUUCACUGUGGAGCAGACGUCAACGCCAAAGACAGAGACGGAGACACGCCCAUGCACGACGCCGUGAGAAUCAACAGAUUCAAGAUGAUCAAGCUGCUGAUGAUGUACGGAGCCCGUCUCAACACCAAGAACAGCGACGGGAAGACUCCGCUGGAGACGCUGAACUCUUGGCAGAACGGAGCCAAGAGUCUCCUGAGUAACUUCGACGAGGAGAAGCUCAGCGGAACCUCCCCCUGAGGUGGAGACCGCAGAACAAGAGAAGAAGUAGAGUGGAAGAAAACCACGUUGGACUUUUGAUCCGUUCCAUCAUUUGCACACUUCAUACUCUGACAGAUAUUAACCUCAGGUAAUAUUCAGGUGCUGCCGAGCCUUUGUCAUUAACUUGGCUCCGGGUCCAGGGAUUUGAACCAGCAACCUUCAAGGUGAUUGGCAGGCGUUAGAGAAAGACUUUCCUGAAAGUAGCAGCAGGGACUUGAAUUAUCAUAAUGAUUAAUCAAUAAUGUGAAAUCUAAUCAGCGUGUUUGAUUGAUAGUGAUUAUUAACACUGAUGGAGUCACGGAUGUUGCUGGACAAUGUCUCGGCCGACAACGUGAAGAUGCUUUAAUUUGAACUUUUCUUCAUUUGUAGUUUAAGCUGAGUUGAUGUCGGUGAUGCUGCAUCGAGAAAAUGAUUAUUUAUUGAUUAACGGCAACGGUCUGUGAUCAGUUAACUGGGUUUGAUUGAUUUCAAUACUUAGGCUUGAUAACUAAGUGAUUAGAAGUGAAUUAUUAACGUGUUGUAUUGAUUCAGAGGAGUUGUUGGUCUGACGUGUUCAGAGGGAAGUGACAGGAUGAAGCAGGUGUUUACUCUUUGGCUCCAUCUUGUUGUUGUGUUAGAGCAAACAGGAAACCACGACAGAGCUCUUCUCCUGCAGCCACGUUCAUCCAGUCCAAUCCCAGCUGCUUCUCUGGAUCUGAUGAGCUGCACGUUCCCACUCCCUCUCUGACUCGUCUCGCUCUAACAUCAUUUUUGAUCCAGCUUAUUAUUUCUAAUGUUACAGAUUCUAAUUUCUUGAACUUUGCUCAAACCUUACAGCAUCACUUUUAUUGUGUUUGUAAGUUUGGACAAAGUUCAUCCAGAUCCCUUUGAGCGUCUGGGGUCAGAGGUCAGCUCGGCUGUCUCCCGCCUCUGCUGAUGAAGACAUUUUGUAAAUGGUUGAGAGGGAAGAAAGUGAAAAGUCACAGUUGGUUCUGAGGAUGAAGAAAGUUAUGUGAAGUGAACACGUCUUGACAGAUGAUCAACAAUUUGAUUUAUUUUGUAUUGUUACAGAUGAAUGUAAAUUUUGCUUUGUAAUUAUGAAUCCAUUGAAUAAAAGAUAUUUUGAAUCUAA